GCCCUCCCCAGCCGCGGCGCCGCUUAAAGCCGCCCGCCCGCCUCGCCGGGCUCACCGCCCCACGCCGCCCCUCGCCUGACCGCCGCGAUGCCGCUGUGGGGCCAGAGCCUGCUGCUGCUGGCAGCCGCCUUGCUGCCGGCGCUGCUGCCCACCCUGCUGCCCGCCGCCACCGCCGCGCCGCCGCCCGCCUGCCCGGAGCGCUGCGAGCGGUCGCGCUGCCCGCCGCUGCCCCCCUCCUGCUCCGGCGGCGCCGUGCUGGACACCUGCGGCUGCUGCCGCGUCUGCGGGGCGGAGGAGGGAGAGCCCUGCGGCGGGCCCGGCGGCGGCGGGCCGCCCUGCGGUGAGGGGCUCCAGUGCGUCGUGCCGCCCGGCAGCGGCGUGCCCGCCUCGGCCACCGUGCGCAAGCGGGCGGCCGCCGGGCGCUGCGUGUGCUCCAGCAGCGAACCCGUCUGCGGCAGCGACGCCGUCACCUACGCCAGCCCCUGCCAGCUGCGGGCCGCCAGCCGCCGCGCCGAGAGUCUCCGCCAGCCGCCCGUCAUCGCCAUCCAGCGCGGAGCCUGCGGGCAGGGCCAGGAACAUCCUAAUAGCCUGCGGCACAAAUACAACUUUAUUGCAGAUGUGGUGGAGAAGAUAGCUCCUGCUGUGGUUCACAUUGAAUUAUUUCGCAAACUGCCUUAUUCCAAGAGGGAGAUUCCUGUUGCCAGUGGUUCAGGGUUCAUCGUCUCAGAAGACGGACUGAUAGUGACAAACGCCCACGUCGUCACCAACAAAAACCGGGUGAAGGUGGAACUGAAGAAUGGUGAAACAUAUGAAGCUAAAAUUAAAGAUGUUGAUGAAAAAGCUGAUAUUGCACUAAUUAAAAUAGAUUCUCAGGGUAAAUUGCCAGUUCUUCUGCUUGGUCAGUCUGCAGACUUGAGGCCAGGAGAAUUUGUGGUCGCGAUUGGAAGUCCCUUUUCCCUUCAAAACACAGUGACUACAGGGAUCGUUAGCACUACUCAACGUGGAGGGAAGGAGCUGGGGCUCCGCAACUCCGAUAUGGACUAUAUUCAGACCGAUGCCAUCAUCAACUAUGGAAACUCCGGAGGACCCCUGGUAAAUCUGGAUGGUGAAGUCAUAGGAAUCAAUACAUUAAAAGUUACAGCAGGGAUCUCCUUUGCUAUCCCAUCGGAUAAAAUCAAGAAGUUCCUAACUGAAUCCCAUGACAGACAAGCUAAAGGAAAAGCGAUAACCAAAAAGAAAUACAUUGGCAUACGAAUGAUGUCCCUAACUCCUAGCAAAGCUAGAGAGCUGAAGGAUCGCCAUAAAGACUUUCCUGAUGUUGUCUCUGGGGCCUAUGUUAUUGAAGUAAUUCCAGAAACACCAGCUGAAGCUGGUGGCCUGAAGGACAACGAUGUGAUUAUAAGCAUCAAUGGACAGUCGAUAAGUUCAGCCAGUGAUGUCAGUGACAUUAUUAAAAAGGACAGUACGCUGAACAUGGUUGUACGCAGGGGCAACGAAGAUGUUAUGUUAACAGUAGUUCCUGAAGAAAUCGAUCCCUAACCAGAAACAUGAGCUGGAUUUCAUGUUUUCUUUUAACAGCAUUGGACUGCUUAUAUUCUCUCUGUGCUGGUACAGGAAACGUUAGACUUCUGACCAACAUUCUGCUUGUUCAGUGGAUUAGUAUUGCCCAACAGAGUAACUUCUAAUAGGUUUAAGGUGCAAAAUCAGUGUAAUUUCACAUACUCCAGACGAUAAUUUUUUUCCUUCUGUAUUAUGUAUGCAAUGUAUUCUUUACUGGCUAUUACAUUCCCCGCUUAACAAAUCGACGUUUGCUUCCCCGUGUUGAAUAGAUUUACCAUUAUUUCCGCUCAGUUUUAAACAAAACCCACACACACAAUGUGUGUUGUGGUAUUCAGGUAUUUAUAGGUUAGCUGUGUUUUAACUGGAAAUACCAUUGUAAAGGAGUAGUUGGUUUAAAAGAAAACAUAAUUGGGAAAAAAAAAGUUUCAUUUAUAAACACAGAGAAAUCCCAACCAAAAUAACCUUUUGAGGAUCCCAUGCAGGACUUUAAUACUAUGAUAUUUUCCUAGUGUUAUUAAAAGAAUUCAACAGUA